AAAAAAACUCAAUCUCUGUAAAAGCAACGAUCAUCUCCAAAAAUAUGAAGACAGAUGCCCACCCAAAAUACAAAAAUGAAAAAAGAAGAAAAAAGUUCAAUCUCUGUUGAAGCAGCACAAGGAUUAUCUCCAAAAAUAUGAAGACAGAUGCCCACCCAAAAUACAAAAAUGAAAAAAGAAGAAAAAAGUUCAAUCUUUGUUGAAGAAACACAGUGAUCAUCUUCAAAAAUUUGAAUCCAGAUGCACACAAUGAUCAUCUCCCAAAAAAAGCCCACCUAAGAUCUUUUUCAAGAUCUGAAGCCAGAUGCCAAAAAAAAGAAAAAGAGAAGGAGAUGUUGAACCCAAAUGCAAAAAAAAAAGAUGCCGGAGAGGACGGAGAAGACGUCAGAGAUCGAUCGUCGGAGUUCUUGAACCCAGAUCGUGUGUGAGUUGCCUUUAUGAGUUACAAAUUUGUUCCCUGUCCGUCAAAGAUCUUCGUUGCUCUGUUGAAGAGAUCUUGAAGCAGCACAGCAAACAUUGCACAGAGAGAGAGGAGAUCUUGAAGGAGAAAACGUUUAAGUGGAGGUUUUUUAUAUUUCAACGAAAAAAAUUGUGUUUUGCUACUAAGAAAGUUCCCUGUUGUGUUUUGUUGUUUUCGCUGGAGCUAAACAUUAAUUCCCAACUGUUUUCGUCGGAGCUACGCCGGUGACUCGCUGGAAGAUGUUUAUACUUGGUGCAAAAGCGAACGGUG